AUGGUGAACAUCACCUCGGCCGCCGGCAUCAUAUGCCUGUUGGAUGAACCCGUCACGGAGCUAAAGGUAUUUGCCCUAAACAAGCUAAACAUGAUUGUGGGUGAAUUUUGGCCGGAAAUCUCCGAAGCGGCCGAAAAGAUCGAAAUGCUGCACGAGGACAAGAGCUUCUCUCAUCAUGAGUUAGCGGCACUAGUUGCCUCAAAAGUCUACUACCACCUGGGCUCGUUUGAGGAUUCCCUAACGUACGCUCUGGGAGCUGGAGAUCUGUUCGAUGUGAACGCUCGCAACGAGUACGUGGAUACGAUUAUUGCCAAGUGUAUUGAUCACUACACCCAGCUGCGUGUGGCGUUGGUAGAGGCCCAAGAGAACAACCUGGUUGCAAAACCAAUUGACGCCCGGUUAGAGGCGAUCGUGAAUCGUAUGAUCCAGCGCUGUCUCGAGGAUGGUCAGUACAAGCAGGCGCUUGGCAUUGCGCUCGAAACUCGUCGUAUGGAUAUCGUCGAAUCGUCGAUCAUGAAGGCGGAUGAUGUGCCCGGUAUGCUGGCGUACGCGUUCCAGGUCACGAUGGGAUUCAUCCAAAACCGAGCUUUCCGCAAUACGGUCCUACGUUGUUUGGUGGAGCUGUACCGAAACGCGGGUGUUCCGGACUACGUGAACAUGUGUCAGUGUCUGAUCUUCCUCGAAGAUCCUUUGGCUGUGGCCGAAGUUCUCGAUGGGCUCACAAAGGAAAACGAAUCCUCCGUCCUGAUGGCGUACCAGAUUGCGUUCGAUCUGUACGAAUCGGCCACCCAGCAGUACCUCGGUCAGGUUCUGCAAGCGCUCAAAGCUACCGCUCCGAUUCCUUCAGCAUUGAUUUCAAACUUCAAACCACAAGGCACUACGUCAACUGACGCUACGACUGAGUCCGUAGAACCGAAAACGGAACGGACGCUUGAGAGCCUCAACGAGGCCGAAAAAGUUCACCAGAAGAACAUUGAAAAGCUAGCGAGUAUUCUUUCAGGUGAAGUCACCAUUGAGCUGCAACUGCAGUUCCUGAUUCGCAGCAACCAUGCCGAUUUGCAAAUUCUCCGUGGAACAAAGGAAUCAGUUCGGCUCUCGAUCUGCCAUACGGCAACGGUCAUCGCAAAUACGUUCAUGCACAGUGGCACCACCAGCGACCAGUUCCUGCGAGACAAUCUCGAAUGGUUGGCCAGGGCAACGAACUGGGCAAAACUUACUGCGACCGCAUCGCUAGGUGUCAUUCAUCGUGGACACGAAACGGAUUCGUUGGCACUGAUGCAGAGCUAUCUUCCCAAGGAAAGUGGUCCCAGCUCGGGAUAUUCGGAGGGCGGUGGUCUGUAUGCGCUCGGUUUGAUUCACGCCAACCAUGGCGCUAACAUCAUCGACUAUCUGCUGCAGCAGCUGAAGGACGCCCAAAACGAAAACGUUCGCCAUGGUGGAUGCCUUGGGCUUGGAUUGGCCGCCAUGGGCACUCACCGGCAGGACGUGUACGAGCAGCUUAAGUUUAACCUCUACCAAGACGACGCAGUCACCGGUGAAGCGGCCGGCAUUGCCAUGGGAAUGCUAAUGCUUGGCUCGAAGCAUGCGCAAGCCAUCGAGGAUAUGGUAUCCUACGCGCAGGAAACGCAGCACGAAAAGAUUCUUCGCGGUUUGGCGGUGGGCAUUUCGUUGACGAUGUACGCUAGGCUGGAAGAGGCAGAUGCGCUAGUGGCGUCCCUGUCGAAUGAUAAGGAUCCAGUGUUGCGUCGUAGCGGUAUGUACACAAUCGCAAUGGCGUAUUGUGGAACGGGCAAUAAUCAGGCCAUUCGGAAAUUGCUCCAUGUUGCUGUCAGCGACGUAAAUGACGAUGUACGUCGUGCAGCAGUAACCGCCAUCGGAUUUAUUCUGUUCCGCUCACCGGAACAGUGCCCUUCGGUGGUAUCAUUGCUGGCAGAAUCUUACAAUCCGCACGUACGGUAUGGUGCAGCCAUGGCGCUUGGUAUCGCCUGCGCCGGGACGGGUUCACGCGAAGCGAUUGCUCUACUCGAGCCAAUGGCCAAAUUUGACCCGGUUAACUUCGUUCGCCAGGGUGCACUGAUUGCGUCGGCCAUGAUCCUGAUUCAGCAUACCGAUCAGACCUGUCCCAAGGUAACUUUCUUCAGACAGCUGUACACCCAGGUAAUCACCAACAAGCACGAGGAUGUGAUGGCGAAAUUUGGCGCGAUUCUGGCGCAGGGCAUCAUCGAUGCCGGUGGUCGCAACGUUACGGUUAGCUUGCAAUCCCGCACGGGACACACCAACCUACAGGCCGUUGUGGGAAUGCUCCUAUUCACCCAGUACUGGUACUGGUUCCCGCUGUCGCACUGUCUCUCGUUGGCCUUCACUCCUACGUGUAUCAUCGCGCUGAACUCCGAUCUGAAGAUGCCGAAGAUCGAUUUCAAGUCUGCCGCACGUCCUUCAUUGUAUGCAUAUCCUGCUCCGUUGGAGGAGAAGAAGCGCGAAGAAAGGGAGAAGGUUACUACGGCCGUACUGUCGAUUGCAGCCCGUGCCAAACGUCGAGAGGGUGAUAAGAAGAAGGACUCAAAGGAUAGUUCAGCUACUGCAUCGUCCGCCACUCCAGCGGCCGAUAUCAAGAUGGAGGUCGAUGAGGAAGCGGUUAGUGGUAAAGACGAUACGGCAAAGACGAAGGAGGAACCGAAAUCUUCCACUGCCGCUUCUACUACGCCCGUGAAGGAGGAAUCAAAGAAGAAGGAUAAAUCAGGCAGCUCUGGUGUUGGUUCGCCCGCACCUUCAACUGCUGCCGGAGAGGAUUCGGCGGCGUCUAGCUCCGGUGGCACGGACAAGGCAACGGAUAAGGCAACAACUGCGAGCAAAACUCCCAAGGAGCCGGAACCCAGUUUUGAAAUCCUGGCUAAUCCGGCCCGUGUGAUGCGCCAACAGUUGAAGGUUAUCAGCAUCGCCGAAGGAACGCCCUACACCCCGUUGAAGGAUGUCACUAUUGGUGGAAUCAUCAUGAUGAAUCAUACGUCAGGUGGUGAUCAGGUGCUGGUCGAACCCGUUGCUGCUUGCGGUCCUAAAAACGAUGAUCUAAAAGAGCCAGAUGCUCCGGAACCGUUCGAGUAUGUGGAAGAUGAUGCCUAAAACAAAACGCUUAAAAUAAUACUAGCGUUUGAUUGAAUGUUCUAUGUGUUCGGGUUUGUAACUAUUGUGUUUCGAUAUAUGAAGCAUAAAUAAAGAAGUCUA